GUAGUUCACCACAGCAAUAAAAACAGACCCCCAAAGGAAUGAAUUGGAAAAAGCACGAGGAGGUGCAUCAGCCUACGAGGGUCGGUCCUGAGGGAGAUCAGCAUCGUUGGAGCAGAUAUACUGAGGGAGUGCUGUACGAUUCAGGGCAGGGACUGUUGGAAGUGCCGACAUUCAAAUCAGAUGUUUAACCCAGGUCGUAAUUGCGCUCUCAGGUGAAGUAGUUCCAUAAUACAGUUCAAAGUGGAACGCCAGAAUUCUCUCCGGGGCCAAGGUUUACCCUUCAGUAUAGAUAAAUCGGAUCAUUGUCGCAAUUCCUUUUGGGAGCCUAGAUGACUGCUCGGUUUAAUCUGAGAGCCCUGACAACAUUUCCGAAGUUUUUCAUUGGCUCCUUGGGCCUCUGGAAGGCGGAGAAAAAUCGCUGGGAUCGACAGGCUGUGUUGCUAGACGCGCUUAAACCUUCCGGGGUGCCUUGUGCCGGUGUUCCGUGUACUCUGUGAAUUUUGUCUCGUCCUAGUCUGAACCUUUGUCAAAAGAUACUGCGAACACCUGGCGCGGCACUGAACUUCGGGACCAGCAACCAUGCGUCCCGGUGCGGGAUUCGCAGCGUUUCUCGCGUCUCUGAGCGCUAUCCCCGUCUCUCGCCUGCUCAACAGCCAUUCGGCCAUGGAAAGCCCUAUGGUGGUCUUCGCUGCUGGUGCUGGCGUUCUCCUGGGCCUGCUGCUCAUGCUGUACCUUCUGGUUCGAGGAAGUCGCCCUAAGGACCCCCUGUUUUACGUUUUUGCAGUGUUCUCAUUCACAAGUGUCAUCGAUUUGGUUAUCUCCCUGGAGCAAGAUGGUUACAUCAAAGGAUUCAUGGCAUUUUACUUGAAAGAGGGGGAGCCAUAUCUCCGCAGUGCCUACGGAACUCUCAUCUGCUACUGGGAUGGCACCGUCCAUUAUGUGCUCUACCUGACCAUGAUAGCUGCAAUUACCCUUGGGAGGAGUUACCGGAAUGUCGGCCUGUACUGGCUGGGCUCCCUGGCGAUGAGUCUCAUCACCCUUUUACUUGGAACUUCUGUGGGUAAAUUUGGAAGUGAGAUUCGACCUGCCUUCCUGCUGAACGUACCAUAUGUGCUGAUCCCACUUUGGGCUGGGAAGAAAAUUUUGGGGAGCCCUAGACCUUUGUCGCAGGCAACGGCUGAUCAGGUUGCCAUGGAGCAGAGGAAGUGGUUGUAUCGACGGCCUCUGGACUUGUGUCUUGUGCUUUACCUGUUGUUUGCCAUCCUUUACACACUGCUCAGGGGCAUUGUCACCCUCGACUGUCCCUUUGAUUUCUGUGACAGUUACAUAUACGAACAGGAGCCUUAUCUAUUGGAUCCAGUGAUGUAUCCCAGAGUCCAGAUGCUGGUUAAUAUGUUCUACCUCCUGCCCUUCUUUGGCCUGGCCUUGUAUGGCCUGAUAGUGCCCGGCUGUACAUGGAUGCUCGAUUUGACCAUGAUAUUUGCUGGAGCCAUAGCCCAGGCCCAGUUUUCCCACAUUGGAUCGUCUUUACACCCACGCACCUCCUUUACGUACCGGGUCCCAGACAAUGCUGUGGCCUCGUUCCUCUACGUCAACGUCUUCUUCGCUGUCGGUGCUCAGCUCCUGGCGUUUCGCUGCGCUGUUUGCUCCGGCUUCUUUCUCAAAGGCGUGCCCAGAAGUAGCGAGGAAAUGGAGAAGAAAGUGAACUGAGAACCUGGCCUAACUGCUGAGGGGAAGCCACUGAAAUGAUCUCAAAUGGAAUGGCACCCCUGCCUCAGGGUAUUGCCCUUCUCCUAUCACCUAGAGUAGGGAGUUCCCAACCUGGCAUCCACGGACCUUUUGGUUAAUGGGAGGGGUCCACAGCAUAAAAAAGGUUUGGAACCCUGGUCCGAGAGUCAGAAGUUCCUCUUAGUUUAUUUGUUUGCUGGCACGCACGCGUAUUGCUGCCUCCCACCCCUUCCCAAUUGCCCCAGAACCAAAAGCAGUUAAGACUCAGUGUGGUGGGUUUCAUUUAAGCCAGACAGUUGAAUUGUUCUAGGAUUUGGAUAAGUAGUUCAAGAAAAAGUACAUUUCAGGGUAACAGAAGCUGCACCAACUGGAUUAGUCUUACGAACUGUACAGGGUUAAUAGACCAAAUCGCCUCCCUUGUGCUAUAAACAAUUCUUUAAUUCAACAUUUGCUCUAGUAACCAACUUUAUUGUAUAUAUGUUUGUAAAAUGUUUUUUUAAUAUACGAUCUCUUAAUUUUUACCUUGCCUACUCUGGCUAAAUAUUUUGUAAAAUAGAAACAAUAAAGUUAAUUACAUUUUGUACAAAAAUACUUACUUAGUGUUAUCAGUUCGAAAUCCACUCAGGCGGACCACAUUAAGAUGUUCAUCUGAUGAUAAAAGUUACCGUAAUCACAACCUACCCCAGGCACUUGAUUAAUACCUGGUUUCAGUAUUGAUUGAUGGUACAGAAGCUAGGACCAGAGGGUACAACCUUACAAUAGGCGGAUGUCCUUUUAGAAUAGAGAUGAGGGAAUUUCUUUAGCCGGGGGUGGUGACGCUGUGGCGGUCAAGUCAUUGGCUAUGUUUAAAGCAGAGAUUGAUGGGUUAUUGAUUAGAAAGGGUGUCACAAUUGUUCUGGGGAAAAGGCAGGGUGCUCAGUUCUGGUCACCUCACUAUAGGAAGGAUGUGGAAACCAUAGAAAAGGAGAUUUACAAGAAUGUUGCCUGGAUUGGGGAGCAUGCCUUAUGAGAAUAGGUUAAGCGAACUCAGCCUUCUUUCCUUGGAGCAACGGAGGAUGAGAGGUGACCUGAUGGAGGUGUAUAAGAUGUUGAGAGGCAUUGAUCAUGUGGAUAGUCAGAGGCUUUUUCCCAGGGCUGAAAUGGCUAGCAUGAGAGGGCAUAGUUUUAAGGUGUUUGGAAGUAGGUACAGAGAUGUCAGGGGUAAGCUUUUUGUUUUUACGCAGAGAGUGGUGAGUGCGUGGAAUGGGCUGCUGGCGAUGGUAGUGGAGGUGGAUACAGUAGGGUCUUUUAAGAGACUCCUGGACAGGUACACGGAGCUCAGAAAAAUAGAGGGCUAUGUGUAACGCUAGGUAAUUUCUCAGGGAAGGACUGUUUGGCACAGCUUUGUGGGCCGAAGGGCCUUUAUUGUGCUGUAGGUUUUCUAUGUAAUGGGAUUGAGGGAAAAUAAAUCAGCCUAACUUUGCUCAUAUCUUGUAUAAUCAGCCCUUACAUUAUAGAAUACAGGGAAGGGACCCUGCUAUCACCAACCGGCAUGCUCCACAGCACUGUACCUCCCGUUAGUGGAAGAUGAUGGCAAAUUGGUCCCAACUACGAACAAGUUCUAGACUUAACCCCAGCUUUAUAAAACAAUCAUCAGGCUCCAUCUUCAGUCCAUUUAUGGGGCCAACAAUGAGAUUUUAAGUCCAGGAGAGGGUGCACUGGGGAUUUACUGUAAAGGUUGCAGGAGUGAGAAGCCAAUCACAGACAGACUGCAGAAGCUCUGUUUUCACUGUACUGCAUGGAACGGUAAAAGAAAAUUUUAACCCAGGGGGAUUGAAAUGCAGAGAAAAGUUUCAGUAUAUAUGAAGAGACAUGCUUCCAGUGCAGAGAAGGGCACGGAUUUAAAGAAACCGGCAUCAGACCUAGAGGGGACAAAGCAGAGAUUUUCUAUGUCAGUGUUAGCUGGAAGGUACUGUCUGAAAGGGCAGUGGAAAGUAACUCAAUGCAACUCCAUGAGAGAGCAAGGGUAGGGGAAAUUUAACCAACAGCUCCCAGCAUAACCAUAAAUAAGAGAUGGAAAUAAAGUGGAAGAAAGAUGAAAUUACACCAGAGAAAUACAAACUGGAUAUUUACUUAAUGAAAGAACUUCGCAGGACAAUUUAGAGAUCGGAGUUCUUCCAAAGAGCUGCCACAGACAUAAUAGGCUGAAUGGACUCCUCCCAAGACUGUCUGUCCAUUAUAUGAUCUGGUUGAUGUACAGGUAAACUCGCCAGUGGACAAGAACUUAGCUUUCCUGCAUAAUAAGACUCCGUCACUGCUGGUUACCAAACGAUAUUAAAUAAUUAAGAUACAAACCAUUCACAAAAUACAAAGAAUUAAAAAAAAUUUCAUAUUGAAACAGAUUAAAGCAUUAUUUUUACAAUAAUUGGGUGUUAAUCUAUACAAAAUCUGUAAUAGAAUUACUUUCACAAGAAACCAAUGGAAUGUGAUUAAUUUAUACAGUCUGAGAUGAUGGAAUUAGACCAGAGAAAUAUUAGAAAAAGCGUUAAAAUGGUUUAACAUCUCCACAGAGUCUGAUUUACAGUAUGACUUAUCACAAGGAUAUUUAUGCUUGCCAUUUUUAACCUGGACAAUAUCUAAUAUUUGCACAGUUAUACAAAAAAUACCCCAAAACAUACUCACUGAAGGUACUAGGCUCUUCCAGAGAUUUUGCUAUAUCCUGCUGAGAAACUCUGCAUUCAAACACACCACGAGGAGUGAAAUUAUAGUCCUGAUCCAUAAGUCUCCUCAGAGACAAAUGGAGCUUGUUCUUUCCCUUGUAGGCAAGUUUAUAUCAGUAUAACUUUUUAACAACUGCCUAACAAAUUCCGACUCUCUAAAUAACGUUAUCAAAUUUUGAUUAUUGGAUAUUUGAAUUUUUUUUCUUUUUCUAAUUCCCUCCUUUCCCUCAGUUUUACUUUCGUGGUCGAUUUGACUUUGAUUUAACUGAGAUGUGUGGUUCGGACUCUACAGUAUU